AUGGUACGACAUCACCGGGAGCGGCUCUACUCUAGUGAGAAUUACAAACUUUUCUGGGAGAAGGGUCUCGGAUUGAAAAAAAAUCCACUUUCGAAAGCGCCAACAAGGAUAUAUCAAGGGUACCUUUUGACCAUACACGGUCUUUGGUUCACCGAUCCUUCUGCCGGACUCCUGGCCUGUAAAGGGAAAUGGUCACGUGGGUUGUUAUUUUGGCCCCCAAAUUCAUGCUCAAUAAGCUUUCCAACCGAACUGUUCUGUGGGUUAUGUGCUCAUAAGCGUGGCUACAAUCACUCGCUUGGUGGCACCCACAAAAAUCAUUAA